AUGAAAAAACACGCAAAUUGGGAAAUAAAUCUGUCACAAUCUGCUCACAUCCGCUUGCCGCUAUUCAGCCUUCGCCAUCAAAGAGGCGGCUGUACUGGUAAUGAAUCUGCUCUAUCCGCAACUCGCCGUCGCCAAAAAUCAACGACUUCUCAGCUGAGACGAAGCCCUCUCAUCUUAAACAAGAUGCCUCUUUCAGCUGACCCUAGUGCACCCGAAACAGAGGACCUUGCUGGUUAUGGCGCUGUCACCAAGACCAUCCUUGAACCAGGCACGGGCGACGACGCCGGUCGAAAUGCAAAAGUCGGCGUUCGGUAUAGUCUCCGACUAUCCGAGGAUGACACUAUGGAGCCUUUCGAUUCCUCGGCGACGCGACCGGAAGGCGUCCUAAGCUUUUCCCUCGGACGAGGCAAGGUUAUUCCUGCAUUGGAGUUGGUUGCACGCUCGAUGAAGGUUGGAGAGAAGUGCAAGGCUCGCACAACGGCGCCAUACGCGUUCGGAGAGCGAGGGCUUAAGCGAAAGGGUGUCCCACCGAAUGCUGUGGUGUACAUGGAGGUGGAAAUGGUCACGUGUGAGGGGGGUGAGAAGAAGAAACCAUUGGCGGAUAUGUCACCCAAGGAGAGAUUUGACGAGGCGAAGACAUACAAGGAGCAUGGCAACAAUUUCUUUAAGGAGCAAAGAUAUGAGAAGGCACUCGACCAAUAUGGCCGAAGCAUUCGCUUACUUGCGGAUGUGUUCUACAAGCCGGCCUCAUCGCUUCCGAGCGUAAAUGAGUCUCCGGUUACUGAAAAAUCUGCAGAAGUCGCACAAGAAAGUACUGACGCAAAAGACGAAGAAGGUUUUGAAGAAGCUGAGGUUCUGGACGCGGACGCAAAUGGGCAAACGCCCCCAGUAGAAACUGAGGACGCUCCCGAUGCAAACGGCGUUUCCUCUGAGCAAUUGACACAACAGUCCACACUUGAAUCGAACGCAGAGCGAAGAGAAGGCACUGAACAACUCGACGUAGAAAGAAAUGCUAUCUCUGAGGAAUCUGUCCCUGGGGAGACAAAGGUAGAUGAGCCUCCAGCGAAUGGGUUGAGAAUCGAGAAAGAAGGCGAAAAUCAUCAGGACCAUAUAAUCACCGCCAUUGAAGAAGAGGAAGAGGUAAUCGAAACGAUCGACGUCAGCACGGUCACUUCAAGCACACCAGAAGACGCGGACAGCAGACCGAGCGAAGCCACGACCAACAAAGAAACGGAGUCCCCAAUUGAAGCUGAAGGUCAGUCUACAGUGGAACCUGAAACAACAUCUGGUGCGCCAUCCGACAGUGCGGCUAUCACGGUGGAAUCAGACGAUCCUGAAGAGGACGAAGUGCGGGCGCUUCACGUGACAACUUUAAACAACUUGUCUCUCUGUCAUGUCAAGCUUGAAGACUACAAGCGGGCGGUAGAAAGCACCUCGGUAGCCCUGAGGAUAGAUCCUCAGAGUUCGAAAGCUUUGUACUACAGGGGUCGAGCAAAGAUUGCUCUCGGGGAUUGGGAUGAUGCGCGAGUUGAUCUGGAAGCGGCUAACGAGAUUCAACCGCACAAUCAAGGAAUACGCAACGAAAUCAUAAAGCUUGAUCGGAAAGUCAAACUAUUUGCGGAGCGAGAAAAGAAGAGGGCUGCUGCGAUGUUUGAAUUGCCCUAGGGGCAUUCAAAGAAGCCAGUGACGAGGAGUAAAAGUGAAACGGCAGUAUCGCCAGGGCCGGUUGCACAUCUUUAAAGAUCCAUCAGAAGCCCUUCGAGAUUGACCUGCAUUACUGGUCCGCGGUUGUAGCUAUGACCCUGUAUAGCGAUAUGCGUGGUUCAACAACCAUUCAUCCUAAACGCCAUGCGGCGCUGGCGAGGUCACUGUGCUUGCUGCUGUGGCGCUUUCGAUUUCUGCCAUUUUUUCUCCCUGCAAUCGCUUCAUCAAUGCUUCCCGUCCCUCACGAAUGAUGGCAGCAUUUUCCUUCAGGAUCUUCAAACGUUUUCGGUCGUUGCGUUUCCGCGUCUGCGUGUACUUGAUGUCCACGGGGAAGCGGUUUCGCCCAUCCAGCACGACU